CCCUGCCAUGUGUCUGCCUCUUGGUAAUGUUAACCUACAUUCAUAAUAAACCAGCUUCCUGUCUCUCUGCCGCAGUCAUUAAAGGGAAACGUGCAGGAACUAGAUCCAAUUCUACGUCCAAAACACGUCAAAACAACACAUUCCGCGCGCUGGAUCUUUCUCUAUAUACGUUUACGACUCGGAUCGGUUUGUCAAAAAGCCCCUUUUCUGUCUCUUUUUAUCCUUUCUGUAUGUCUGAUGUCAGAUUUUUCCCUCUUGCCCUCGGAGGGGAGGUUCUAACCGCGUUGAGUCACGCAGCUGUCAAAGAUAGCUGUCACCCAGUUUCCACAUCAAACACACUGAGUGAGACGCGCUGCCUGGCCCAGGUAACGUUACCCGACAAUGUGUUGCGUCUCCGACAAGUGAAAAACGCGCUCCGCGGCGAUUCCUCGACAAAAAGAAAUAUUUCGCUCGAUACUUUACAACAAUCUGGAAUAAUACAGUUGUGUGUGAUUAAAGCGAGGAAGAAUCGACCUCGUUGUUGCCAACGUGAAAAGGGGAAUUUUGACGGACAUGAAGACCAAAAAGGGUGUGUUGGCGAUGUCUGGAAGUGAGACAGAGGACGAGGACAGUUUAGAUGUGCCUCUUGACCUCUCUUCAAAUGGAGGAGUGUCAGGGAAGAGGAAGAGGAGAGGAAACUUGCCCAAAGAGUCAGUACAGAUACUUCGGGACUGGCUCUACCAACACCGCUACAAUGCCUAUCCAUCAGAGCAGGAAAAAGCCCUGCUGUCCAAGCAGACCCAUCUCUCCACACUACAGGUGUGCAACUGGUUUAUAAACGCCCGGCGGCGACUCCUUCCCGAGAUGCUCCGGAAAGACGGCAAGGACCCCAACCAGUUCACCAUCUCGCGACGGGGCAGCAAGGGCGGCGAGAUGCUCAGCGACAAUUCCCAGUCUCCUAAACACGGCCUGCUCGCAAACGGAGAGGACCGUAGCAGCUACGAACCCGGCUCACCUCACCCGACCAGCAACACACCCACCUCUAACGGUUACCCCAAAAAGGCCCUGUCCCCCAAAACACCCUCCUCACCCGGACCUGUCUUACCCAGACCCUCUGUCAUCUGCCACACCACCAUCACCACAGCCACGCAAGGCAUCGGCACGUCGACGCUCCUCGGCGUGGAGGGGGCCACGGAGCUGCCACUCACAGACGCAGUUGGCCUGUUCGGGUGUCGCGGAGAGGGUAACGUCAGCCCCCAGAGCGGCCUGUUCAACACCCCGCCACCCACCCCUCCCGACCUCACCCAGGACUUCAGCGGCUUCCAGUUGCUGGUUGACGUGGCGCUGAAGAGGGCCGCAGAAAUGGAGCUACAGGCCAAACAGCUCCUCGUCCUGAAGACAGAAAAGACGGAUGGAUGAAUGAAAAAGCUUCAUCGAUGUUUGUUUCUUGCCCCCCAAAACCGAACUCCACAGGGAGUUAAAAAAACUUGACUGAGCAACAGAAAGCAAACAAGCAUGGCCUGAUCAUUUCUAUUUUUGGUAAACGUAAAUCAAAUUGAUGAGGAUUCCUUUAUGUAAAGCAUUUCAAGGUGCCUUGGCAAGUCAGUUCUUUCUUUUGUAUUCCAUUUAUAUGUAAAUAAAUAUGUAUCUUUUCGUUUUGUACACAGGGGACCAAAACCAAACACAGUAAUACAACUUCCUGUCUUUCCUUUUUUUUUUUACAAGAAGACAAGCUCUUCUCCCAUUCCUCAUGAGUCUUUUUUUUCUCGUUUUCAGAGAUUCGGCUCUACGAUUGUCGAUUUUGCCUCGUUUUUA